CACCAGGUGGCGCCGACGAUUCGCCUGACCAUCACUCGCUCCUCUCGUGUAGUGAGGAAGUCGUUGCUAAGGAAGUAAGGUUCUUGCGUACCAAGAGAGUAAACAAUUAGGGUUUGCAAACUGCAAGUUUAGCAAUUACUUUUCAACAGAUUACAUCAGUUUAACAGCUAAUGAACGGACCUGGAGCAAAGCACAUCAUAUGGCAGAGCUGCAUAUAAUCGGGCAGAUCAUUGGGGCCAGCGGUUUCCCAGAGAGCAGCCUGUUCUGCAAGUGGGGCGUUCACACAGCAGGAGGAGCAUGGAAACUCUUAUCUGGUCUAAAGGAGGGACAGACACAAGUGGACAUACCCCAAAUAGGUGAAAUGGCUUACUGGAGUCAUCCUAUUGAUUUACAUUACUCCACUAAAGGCCUUCAAGGUUGGCCAAAGCUUCAUCUGCAGGUCUGGCAUCAGGACUCUUUUGGCAGAUGUCAGCUAUAUGGUUAUGGCUACUGCCAUGUGCCCUCUAGCCCAGGCCAACACCGGUUGCAGUGUGUCACAUGGAGGCCAGUGGGCACGUGGCAGGAACAGCUGGCCCAAAUGUUUGUUGGCGGAGGACCUCAGCUUCGCUCUCCUGACCUCAUUUACAGCGGAGCAGACAGAUACAGGCUCCACACAGAGGCUAUGGGCACAGUAGAACUGGAGCUGUGCAUCAUUCUACGGCAUUUUGACCGAUACGGCGUAGAGAGCUGAGAGACUCUGAUUUGUGAGGAUAUUCAGAGAGCAACUUGUAAUGAGAGGUAUUUCAAAUCAUAAAUUUAUUAGCUUCUGCACUGGAGAAGUAAAACUUUUUGACAGGAUCAAAUUUCUUCAAUGCACAAGAAUUUCUCCACCUUGUAAAAAAAACGACUGUCAACAGACCACAGUUUUCCCAGUUUGGUCAUUUGUAGGUCAUUAGGCGAUGGUAUUUGGAAUGAUUAGCUUAUUAGAUACGUUUCUUUUUUUUCCCUUAAGAGCAACUAGAAAUAAAAUCUUAUAUUUAGACAUGAAACAUGCUGGGAAUUGGGACUAUUGCUUUGCCUACCCCCAGCCUUUUAUUUACACUUAUAGUGGAGUAGUGGAUUUAUGACUUUAUAUUUUUAUUCACAGAAGAUGUAAAGGUCAGCUGAUUUCUGGCUUGUAAGGCAUCUAUGGAUGCAGUGAUAAUAAAUUUGACCUGUAUGUUUUGAUAAAUCUGUAAAAUUUUGGACUAAUUUUAUACACAAUUUGAAUGUAUUUCUGAUGUAUUAUAAACAAAUUAAACAUUUGAUUGCUUAAAGUUUUUUUUUAUAUGUAUACAUUCUCAGUUUACACCUCAAGUGACAUAAUUCCUUCAAAAUAUAUGUAGACAUCUAAUUAUAUUCACCCGCUGGCUGUAUAAUAUGCAGAUAUACCAAACUGUGGAAAUUAGUUUUUAAUUCAAAAUGGUUUUUCACUACUCACUAUUUUGUGACAAUACAGUGCAAAUGUAUAGUAUAUAAAUUUCUAGUCAAACUAAUGUAUACAAGCCAAUAUUACGUUUAAAAUAUUACAAGAUUUGAUUUUUUUUUUCUGUUUGUGUUUUUUUUUUUUUUUUUUUUUUUACAUUUUCCUAUCAUUUUACAUCACUGUUACAGGUCAUAAAUCACACAAAAAAGCAUAUAAUAUGGAAUAUGAUUUAAUAUUGUAACAUGACUAACAGUAAGUACUGAAUGACCUGAUCCCUCCGAAUCGUGUUAUGGCUUCUGAUUUUGCACUGCAGUUUACAAUUGUACCUCAUCUGAAGGAAUGAAAAGUGACCACCACUGAGCAGAUAUUAUUUGGGUGAUGGGUUAUUCUGAAAGUGUCUAUUUUUUUGUUUUGUUUUCAAAUUUAUACAUUUUUGCAGACAAAUUGCAGUAAAAUAAGAUGAAUAAUACA